UGCAUCUGUUUGUGCUGCCAGGCUCGGUCUGCCCUGCCGGGGUCUGUGGACUCACAUCGUCUACACCGCUGGAGACCAUGGGAGGCAGCACCCCCACCCUGACCCUCAUGGCCCUUCUCUGCCUGGGGCUGUGUCAGGGCCCACGGGACCAGGUCCAGGCAGGGACCCUCCCCAAACCCGCCAUCUGGGCCGACCCAGGCCCCGUGGUCCCCGUGGGGAGCCCUGUGACCAUCUGGUGUCAGGGGUCUCAGCAGGCGCAGGACUACUAUCUGCACAGAGAGGGGGGCUCUCGAACCAAGAUGAAGAGACCUCAGAACUUCAGGAACAGGGUCAGUUUCCUCAUCGAAUCUAUGGAUGCCCGCUGGGAGGGAUCGUACUGGUGUCAUUAUCGAAGCCGUCAUGACAGUUCAAUGGGGAGCAAUUACCUGGUCCUGAAAGUGACAGGAGCGUACCCUGCACCCUCCCUCUCAGCCCAGCCCAGCCCUGUGGUGGCCUCAGGAGGGACCGUGACCCUCGCCUGCAGCUCACAGGGCACAUCCGGCACUUUCUAUCUGCUGAAGGAGGGAGGCGCUGACCCGCCCCAACCCAAGAGCGGGUCUCGGUACCUUCAGGGGAGACACCAGGCCCUCUUCCCCUUGGGCCCCUCGAGCCCUUCCCACGGGGGCACCUACAGAUGUUACCAUAAUUCCUACUCCUACCCCGACCUGUGGUCCGCGUCCAGCGCCCCUCUGCGUCUCCAGGUCACAGGAGCGUACGGGGAGCCCUCCCUGUCGGCGCAGCCGGGCCCCCUGGUGCCGUCUGGACACAGCCUGACCCUGCGGUGCGGCUCGGGGGCCGGCUUUGGCAGCUUCGCUCUGACCAAGGAUGAGGGGCGCACGGGCCCCCAGCGUCUGGACGGGCAGCACAGCCCCGACUUCCCCCUGGGCCCUGUCGCCCGCACCCACGGGGGCCAGUACAGGUGCUACGGGGGACACAACCUCUCCCACGUGUGGUCGGCCCCCAGCGCCCCCCUGGACAUCCUGAUCGCAGGAAUGGACCCGAAACCCUCCCUCUCAGCCCAGCCCGGGCCCACCGUGUCCCCGGGGGAGAACGUGACCCUGCAGUGUCGCUCUGACGCCCGCUCGGACACCUUCUACCUCUCCAAGGAGGGGUCGCCUGCGUCCCCCCAGCGCCUGCGUCUGCAGGACACAGCUGCCCCCUCUCAGGCCCUCUUCACCUUCAGGGCUGUGACCUCAGCCCACGGGGGCACCUACAGGUGCUACAGCUCACACAGCGCCUCCCCCUUCCUGCUGUCACACCCCAGUGACCCCCUGCGGCUGCAGGUCUCAGGUGAGGAGCCCCCACCCGCCUGUGGGUCCUGGCUCUCUCAUCACCUCACAGGUGCUCAGGGUCUAAACGGGUGGUACCUGAAAGUUCUGACUGGGGUGUUGGUGGUGGCCUCCCUCCUGCUGCUCUCCCUCCUCCUGCUUCUCCGACAGCAGUGUCAGGGUGAACACAGGAAGUCAGGUCAGUGGGGUGAGUUCUGUAGUGACUUCUGCAAGGCCAUGGCGGGAGGAAGGGGUUUGUAUUUUUUAUCCUCUGCAGUCUCCACGCAGUCAGAUUCCGAUUUCCAACUUCCCACAGAGGCUGCCGCGUCCACACCCAAGGACAGGGGCCUGCAGGACAGUUCAGGCCCAGCUGCUGGCAUCCAGGAGGAGAACUUGUAUGCUGUCGUACAAGACCCACCGCCGGAGACCAGGCAGCUGGACCCACAGGCUGCUGCACCUGAAGGCCCCCAGGAGAUAACCUACGCUCAGCUGAACUACUUGAUACUCACACAGGAAACAUCAUCCCUACCCUCCCCCUCAGAGCUGCCCGGGCAUGGGUCCGUGUAUGCUGCCCUGGAUGCCCACUAGCCCCCAUGGACAUGAUCACCAGGAGCCUUUGGACUGCGAGAUGCCGACUGCUUCCAGGGCCUACCAUAGGAGGCUGCCUCAAGACUCUAAUUACACAUGGAAGCCUGGGGGUGAGGGGAGAGGCAGCAGUGCCAACCGAAGCAGUGGACUUGGCAGAGGGGAACAUUUGUGAAGCUGGGCUGAGUUGACCUCAAAGCCCAAGGCCAGGCCAGAGGGCAGCUGCAGUUGCUACGGGUUACAAGGGUUUCUCAUUUCCUGAAACGAAGCUGCUUCCUCCCUUGCCAGUUACAGCUUCUCAAGGUAGAAAGGCAGCCCACUUCCCUCCAGACCCAGCAUCGUCAACCCCAAAGGCAGGGCCCCCAGGCGCUGUAAAAGUCCCUACCAUAGGUGACUGAGGGGGAGGGCUUACCUGCCUCCCACCAACAGAACCCAAAUCCCAAGAUGAAAACAGGAAGUGUGACAUCAACCACACCACAGUGGGCUUUGCUACCUGGCUGUAUUCUGUGCCAUACUCCCCGCCAAUAAUACUAUUAAAAGUUCAUUCCAC